AAACACCACCAGCCGCAUCGCUCGAUCGGAGGAUGGAGGUGGGGGGUGGUGGAGCGUGGUAACUCCGCCCGCCGGGUAGGUCGAUGCGCUAGUAAACACAGCAGAGUGUUCGUCUUCGUCGAGGUGGUGGUGAAGAGAGGAAAGGUGGUGGGCUUGUGGCCUACCGUCUGUUGAUUCUUGGAUUAAUGGCGGCGGCGGCGAGGGCGCCGUGGCUGUUUUGGAUGGUGGUGGCGGUGGUUGUUGUUGUUGUUGUUCUUGGUGCGGUGGUGGAGGCGGGAGAAGGAGGAGGAGGAGGAGAGGGGGAGGGGAAGGCGCUGAUGGCCGUGAAGGCCGGGUUCGGGAACUCGGCCAACGCGCUCGUCGACUGGGACGGCGGCGGCGACCACUGCGCCUGGCGGGGUGUCACCUGCGACAACGCCUCCUUCGCCGUCGCCGCUCUGAACUUGUCAAAUCUGAACCUCGGAGGGGAGAUCUCGCCGGCUAUCGGAGAGCUCAAGAAUCUACAGUUCGUUGAUCUCAAGGGGAACAAGCUCACUGGCCAAAUCCCAGAUGAGAUUGGGGACUGCAUCUCCUUAAAAUAUUUAGAUUUAUCUGGCAACUUGCUGUAUGGAGACAUCCCAUUCUCCAUCUCCAAGCUCAAGCAGUUUGAGGAGCUGAUUUUGAAGAACAACCAGCUCACGGGACCCAUCCCUUCCACAUUGUCCCAAAUUCCAAAUCUCAAGACAUUGGACCUGGCACAGAACCAGCUUACAGGCGACAUUCCUAGGCUCAUCUACUGGAAUGAAGUCCUGCAAUACCUAGGUCUGAGGGGUAACUCACUGACUGGAACUUUGUCACCUGACAUGUGCCAAUUGACUGGCUUGUGGUACUUUGAUGUAAGGGGGAACAAUCUCACAGGAACCAUUCCAGAGAGCAUAGGAAACUGCACUAGCUUUGAGAUUUUGGACAUUUCGUAUAACCAAAUCUCUGGAGAAAUACCUUACAACAUAGGCUUUCUUCAAGUAGCCACCCUGUCACUUCAAGGAAAUAGGCUGACUGGGAAAAUUCCAGAAGUGAUUGGCCUCAUGCAGGCUCUUGCUGUUCUAGACCUGAGCGAGAAUGAACUGGUAGGGCCCAUUCCUUCUAUACUGGGCAAUUUAUCCUACACUGGCAAACUAUAUUUGCAUGGAAACAAACUUACUGGAGUCAUACCACCAGAGCUUGGGAACAUGAGUAAACUUAGCUAUCUUCAAUUGAAUGAUAAUGAAUUAGUGGGCACAAUUCCAGCUGAGCUUGGCAAACUUGAAGAGCUUUUUGAACUAAAUCUUGCCAACAACAAUCUUCAAGGUCCUAUUCCUGCAAACAUCAGUUCCUGCACUGCUUUAAACAAGUUCAAUGUUUAUGGUAACAAGCUAAAUGGUUCUAUUCCAGCUGGUUUCCAGAAGUUGGAGAGUUUGACUUACUUGAACCUAUCUUCAAACAAUUUCAAAGGCAAUAUUCCUUCUGAGCUCGGUCACAUCAUCAACUUGGACACACUUGAUCUUUCUUACAAUGAAUUCUCUGGACCAGUUCCUGCUACUAUUGGUGAUCUGGAGCACCUUCUUGAACUGAAUUUGAGUAAGAACCAUCUUGGUGGAUCUGUUCCUGCUGAAUUUGGAAACCUGAGAAGCAUCCAAGUAAUUGAUAUGUCCAACAACAACUUAUCUGGUAGUCUGCCUCAAGAACUUGGACAACUUCAGAACCUUGAUAGCUUGAUUCUUAACAACAACAAUUUAGUUGGGGAAAUCCCUGCUCAAUUGGCCAAUUGCUUCAGCUUAAAUACCCUGAAUUUGUCAUACAAUAAUUUAUCUGGACAUGUCCCGUUGGCAAAGAACUUCUCAAAAUUCCCAAUGGAAAGCUACUUGGGUAAUCCACUGCUGCAUGUUUACUGUCAAGAUUCCAGCUGUGGACAGUCUCAUGGACCAAGAGUUAAUAUUUCAAGGACAGCAAUUGCUUGCAUUAUCUUAGGCUUCAUCAUUUUGCUAUGUGUUAUGAUGUUGGCUAUAUAUAAAACAAAUCAACCACAACCACUUGUCAAAGGAUCUGACAAGCCAGUGCAAGGACCUCCAAAGCUAGUUGUUCUCCAAAUGGACAUGGCUAUCCAUACCUACGAGGACAUCAUGAGGUUGACAGAGAAUUUGAGCGAAAAAUACAUUAUUGGCUAUGGAGCCUCAAGUACUGUCUACAAAUGUGAACUAAAGAGCGGCAAGGCCAUUGCCGUCAAGCGGCUUUACAGUCAGUAUAACCAUAGCCUCCGGGAGUUUGAAACAGAGCUAGAGACAAUUGGCAGCAUCCGGCACAGGAAUCUUGUCAGCCUUCACGGCUUCUCACUAUCUCCACAUGGAAACUUGCUCUUCUAUGAUUACAUGGAAAAUGGCUCCUUGUGGGAUCUUCUCCAUGGUCCAUCAAAGAAAGUGAAGCUGAAUUGGGACACACGACUGAGGAUCGCGGUUGGAGCAGCACAAGGGCUGGCCUAUCUUCACCAUGACUGCAACCCUCGCAUAAUCCACAGAGACGUCAAGUCCUCCAACAUCCUGCUCGACGAGCACUUUGAAGCGCACCUCUCAGAUUUCGGCAUAGCCAAAUGUGUCCCCUCUGCCAAGUCCCAUGCCUCCACUUAUGUGCUAGGAACCAUCGGCUACAUUGAUCCAGAGUAUGCCAGGACUUCCAGGCUCAAUGAGAAAUCUGAUGUGUACAGCUUUGGCAUCGUCCUUCUGGAAUUGCUCACGGGAAAGAAGGCUGUCGACAACGAAUCGAACCUGCAUCAGUUGAUACUCUCCAAAGCUGAUGACAACACGGUGAUGGAGGCAGUGGACUCGGAGGUGUCAGUGACGUGCACAGACAUAGGCCUGGUCAGGAAGGCCUUCCAGCUCGCCCUUCUGUGCACCAAGAGGCACCCUUCCGACCGGCCGACCAUGCACGAGGUUGCAAGGGUGCUGCUGUCCCUACUGCCGGCCCCCGCCGUGACCACCCCCAAGACGGUCGACUACUCCCGCUUGCUGGCGUCGACGACGGCGGCCGACAUGAGAGGGCACGACGUGACCGACAUCGGCGACAACAGCUCCUCCGACGAGCAGUGGUUCGUCAGGUUCGGCGAGGUCAUAUCCAAGCACACAAUGUGAUCCUCCUCAAACCUCUCCAAAGUUUUUUUCUCCUCCCCAAGUAGAGCUUGAAGCAAGCAAGAAGCUAAAAAGGAUAGUAGCACAGUGCAGGAAAAUAGCUAGGUGUAGGAUCUGAAGUAGAUGGCGAUGAUGGUGUUAAUCCCAUGCAUUGUUCUUCACUCUUUCUUCUUCUUGGUGUUGAUUUAGGAUUGCCCAAAGAUUGUUCUUAGGAAUUGCAGUGGCAUAGUAGCAGUGUGGUUCAUGGUGUCCAUUCA